GUAUUUAACUAAUCACUAUGCGGGGGUAGUACAUAAAAUAAAAAUGAUUUCAUAAUUUUGUUUUGAUCCAUAUUAUUAUUCGAUCGGAAGCUUUCGUCAUAACGCACAGUAGAGAUUAAAGAUAUUGAAGAAUGCAUUAAACUCUGGUAGUAGUUAAAUAAUGAAAACGCAGUUGAACUGCGUCACAUCGAAAUCCUGAAAAUUGAAGGCUUUACAAAAUAACUCCGAUCAGCUGUUUUGAAACUUUUGAGCCUGAUUUCGUGAACUUUAAAGAAAAUUUUUUAGAUCCAUCAUGUUGCGCUCAGUGAAUACACGGAACCUAACUUUGGGAGCGACAAAUAUCAAUUUCAACAUAGCAUCUAGACACUCGUCGAAAUCGAGCAAGGAAACAUUUUCUACAAAGUUAAAAAGCGGUCCACAGCUGGAAGAUUUCAUAGAUGGUUCGAUACCAGAGUACAAGGAAAAACUUAAGCUGGAAAAGGGCGACAAGAGCAGAUUGCGAUUGCCACCAUGGUUGAAAACUGAAAUACCAAUGGGACAAAAUUACAGCAGGAUAAAAGCACAACUGAGAGAUCUUAAACUGAGUACUGUUUGCGAAGAAGCAAGAUGUCCCAAUAUUGGAGAAUGCUGGGGAGGUGGAGCUCACGGCACUGCUACAGCUACCAUCAUGCUCAUGGGCGAUACUUGUACGAGGGGAUGCCGUUUUUGUUCUGUUAAAACUGCUAAAGCUCCUCCGCCUUUAGAUCCAGAAGAACCAAUGAAUACAGCAACAGCAAUUACGGAUUGGGGAUUGGAUUAUGUUGUCUUAACGUCUGUAGAUCGGGAUGAUUUGCCUGACGGUGGAGCACAUCACAUAGCAGCAACAGUGAGAGAACUGAAGAAAAGGAGUAAUAUUCUAGUGGAAUGUUUGGUCCCAGAUUUCCGUGGUGAUCUGCAUUGCGUCAAUGUUGUCGUGGAUUCGAAGCUGGACGUGUUCGCUCACAAUAUUGAGACGGUCGAGCGGCUAACACCUUUCGUACGCGACAGACGAGCACGCUAUAGACAGUCGUUGAGCGUUUUGGAAGGUGCGAAGAAAGCUGACGCUGAUCUCAUAACAAAAUCCUCAAUAAUGCUCGGUCUCGGUGAAACGGAUGAAGAAAUUGAACAAACGAUGAAAGAUUUACGGAGCGCAGGCGUUGACGCUCUUACUCUAGGACAAUACAUGCAACCGACGAAGAGACAUUUAAAAGUAAUCGAAUACGUGACUCCGGAGAAAUUCAAGUCUCUGGAAACGACUGGUAAUCGUUUGGGAUUUUUGUACACCGCGAGUGGUCCCCUCGUGAGAUCUUCGUACAAAGCUGGUGAAUUUUUCCUAACGAAUAUACUGAAAGAACGUGGAAAAUUAAGGAAGUCCGAGGACGAUACCGUUGCAGCGUGAUUUCUCUCGAUCCGAUAGAUAAAUGUUGUUAAUAUUCUAAAUGUAUUUUGAAUAAUAGAGAUAUUAGAAGCGAUGAA